GCUUGUGAAAAUGGAUUUUAGCGACGUCGCUCGCACGCAAAUGUGCGCAAAUGUGAAAUGUGCAUCAUGGAACUGGAAGAUGUAGCUGUUGUACACACUUGUGGAAUAUGCAAACUAAUUAUUGGUGAAAAAAGUAUUCCGACUUAUAGUUGUAUAGAGGAAUACACCCGGCUGUUUAUCGAUGACAACUUUUAUUUCUAUCCAGUAACAGAGAGAAGACUGGGAGAAGAUGGUGCUCAUUUACCAGUUUAUCAAGGGCACAGGGAAAAUACUGUAAAUAGGACGGCGAAACAAGAAGACACACCAAAUAACCUAACGGUUUUACGGCGUUCUCGUAGAGAAAAAAACAAGCAAUCGUUUAUUCGAUGUUUUAAUUUCGGGAUUUUAAUUUAUUGAGUAUUAGAAAAGUCUGUGUGUAUUUAUUUAAUGUAUUUACAUCUUCCAGUUCUGUUCGCGAAUCUCGCAAGGAGAGUUCGCUGGUGACCGCUGCGGAUGGAAGCAGGGUGAGAGGGCUUUACGGUGAGAGGCUCAGGGAACGAAUGCACGCGUGCGAGGGUAGAAAUCACGUGAUCGUAACUCAGAUAGUUGGAGUAAAAUACCGUGUCAGCGGUUAAUAA